CCAACUGCUUCCAGGCUACAAUAGAGCCCUUCACCUGACUGCAACUUGACUCGUCACGCACGGUUGGAGGCACGAAACGGCCAAUGUUGGAGCCUAUAACGAUGGUAGAAACUGAUACUGAACAAUUCGGCGACCAGGAUCACCAUGGAAACAUCAACAAAACAAAUCAAGAACAACCUACUACGACUAGUCACUGAACAGCCACUCCGCAGUACAGUUUGACCCUUUCAUUGAGGAUGUCUAACCCUAUAAUAGCAACUUCUUUUCCGUUACCGGUUGUCCAGGAGAAACAUCAAUCGCAAUAAAACUAAUUGAUUACCUAUUCAUCGAUUAAAGUUUUCUUGUGUACUUUUAAGCGAAGUUUUCAAUUCAAAAUGUCGUCUAAUUGGAUAAAAAGUGUUGAUCCAAAUACGGUAGUGGCCCUGUUAACGCUGAUAUUUUUACCUCAUGCUAUCAUUCAAGCAGAUUCUGAUUUUUUCAAUAUCAAUGAAGUUAUUAUUUACGCAACACCGGAUGGUUGUCGGAAUGGUGAAUAUUUUGAUACUUUUGCGUUCAAGUGUAAAAUCUGCGAUGAAGGAUUACAUCUCCAGGUGGCAAACGACCAUCUUUCAUGUACCUGUGAUGAGAGGUCAGUCUCAUGGCGAGAUUACGAUAGCUCUGUACAGGGCCCGAUUUGUCGCAACGUCAGUGAUUUCUUCGACAAGCCGGGACCACGAAUCGAGAUCCUAAAGUUUUGUAAAACACGUCACGUGGGUCUCCUCAACGCUACCAAAACCAGUGGAAGAACUAUUCAAGUAUAUCGUAAAACUUACCCUCCCGGUAAUGAAAGCACUGUUUGCGGUUGCAAUCAACCUAAUACAAUUCAAUAUGAUGACCAACUGCGUCCGCGAGAAACGGUUCCGUAUUGCUUGCAGCAAACUUUACUGAAAGACAUUCAAAACCACCAACCCUUCAGGCUGGACUAUCGUCACAAUGGUAAUGUGUUCCGUAACAUUAAGUAUUUAAUCGUGUUUUGUCAUGUGAUGCGGAGCACGCGACACUGCCACUAUUUGGCCAAUCUGUGCGUACUUGCGUUCUACAGCUUGGAUAAAUACUCGCCAUGCAGUAUCUUCUACACCUAUCAAACAUACGACGUAUCAUCGGGAGAGAACCAAAUCCCAGGAGUGAUUAGUGGCAGCCUGUUGGGGCAGAAAGGCGAUUCUGGAAAGUUGGCCAACCUAUGGACGAUGAGCGACACUGUUAAGCCCCAUCUGUUCUACCGGCGCGGAAAGUAUGUCAACGAAAUUUUCGACAAGUACUUGGACUUCAGCUACGAUGUCAACGCAACCAAUCCGAAGAACAACACGCUAAACUUUACCCUCGUUAGCUACGAUUUAUAUGGCCACCUGAAGAAUUUCCGCGCCAUGCGCCUAACUGAUUUGAACCUCUGUGAGCGAUACUCUGCCAGUCAGGAAUUACGUAUCCGUUUUGCCCAAAGCUAUCAUCGUCGAUGUCGGAUCAGCCUGCGGCGAAUGCUGCAGGACUUCAGUGAACCGGAGUUCAUAAAUCUCUACGUGGACUACUACGAUCAGAAGAUACGCCUACUCAGAUCCAUACCGGUGCUAAUAAGGAAGGCAUUAUUUUCCCACAAUGAUGAUCCCGACCCGGAGAAGUGGCAACUUGUGCGAAGAUUCCUCAUGGUAGACGCGUUGUCUGGUAUGAAUGAUAACUUCAAGCCUAGAUUGUACGACGAAGGUACACCCCAGGAAAAGUAUCAUUUUGUUCGAUACAUCAAACGUGUUGAACUUGAGUUUCGAUUGCAUACCGAUCAUGAGAAGAAUCCAAACCGCGUAGCAGUGCCUUUGCUGAAAUUGGAAUACGGUCUGGUCAAUAUUUCUAAGGAGUUGGCCAAUUCAUUCUUUGAAGAGUUGGUGGACUUUGAAUUUAGAGUAACAUUCAAUAAACAUUAUAGUUUCGAGUCAAUUUUAGAGAUAAUCUUGCCAAUAUUUAUGUUGCUGGCAUUUACAAUGACACUCUUCCAAACGUUCUGCCAUAAAUUGCGCCAAAAUAAGCUGUACUACGACAUGGAAAUAUUCUUCAAUUUUGUUGUGUACCUGUGCUCCAACGUUGCUACAGCACUUUUGGCAGCAACAAUCAUCGUAGCAUUGCACGUGUUCGUCACCUACAAAACGCAAACCGAUGUCAAACUGCUGCUUCCUGUGGAGGUGCAGAAUGGGUUGGAAAUUUUUGUCUAUCUUUCUUUUACAUUCAAGCUUGUAAAAUUGCUACGGAAGUUUGUAACGAUCGCAUCUAUUGACAUAUUCUUCAUUGAUUGGGAACGGCCUAAGAUAUUCGAUGCAGGUAUAGGCAACCAACGAACACAUUUAUUGGACACCCCAUCGAUUGCAUCUAGUGCUACGGCUCGUCCCACAUGUGACAGUGUAUCCGCCUGGCGCAACUAUUUCAUUGCCAACGAAUGGCAAGAACUGGCUACGAAGCGUAAAAUAUCCAUGUUCGCUCAUACCAUCCUGCUGAUUGGUGUUUUCUUUCUUUGCGGACUCGAACACUGGUCUUCGAACAGCUUCCACCUGCAUCUCUUUAAACAAGAAGAAUACUUGGGAAAAGACGACAAGGUCCUAAAAAUAGCUGUUGGUAUAAUAGUGUACACCAUAGUGUACGUAGCCCAGCGAAUCUACAACGCUCUCAUCUACGAACGAUUCGUUGAAAACGCUAUUCAACAGUUCAUAGACGUAGCAUCCAUUGCAAAUAUCUCUGUCUUCAUCUUGUGUAUGGAAUCAUACGGUUUCUACAUCCACGGUCGAUCGCCACAUGGUUUUUCCGAUACGGACAUGUGCUCUAUGAUACUGCAGUUUAAACGGGAAGAGGAUAACCUUUGCGGUAAUCGAGGAUUACUGCCAGGUUCAGAACAGCAGACUUACUCGAUACUAGUGCCAAAGAAUCUGCGAGCUUUCUACGAUAAACUGAUAGCCCCACUGAGAAAUUCGUCCAACUUCGGACCGCAUCAACAUCUUAACCAAACGCAUUUGAUUGGCAGCACCAAGUUGAGCAAUUCCGGAGUGAUCAGUAGCCCUGGUGGACAUUACGAGUACACUUUUGAGAAGACGAUCCUAACGUACUACAAUGUAAAUCGGUUCUUUGCAGCUUUUGUAGACCAUGCUUUGAAGGACCUAGAUUACAUCAUACAGGAGCGAAGUAUUCUAGAGAAUAUUAUGAACUGUGAAUUCCAGAGCUAUGUUACUGAAAAUAAAGGUGUGUUUUACAUCGAUAACGGACACUCUUUCGACCAAGUCUUGUUCUACGGGAACGAGUGGACUUUCUUCCAGCUAGAGCUUGCCUUAUUCCUGUCGGUUGUGCUGAUAAGUAACGACUAUCUGAUGGCGGUCGUUGUAGUCGGGAUAGUGUAUAAAAUGUUUGAGAUUGUCAUGAAUUAUCUGUUGAAAAACAACUUAGCCAAAAAGACACUUAUCGAUAAGCGAUUUUUGAUUUAAUGUAGAUUUUUUACUCAAUGUUUUGUAAUGAUCUAGUUUUAAUCUUCCAGAUCUGUAUUAUAAAUUAUUCGAAUAAAAAGCGAAGUCCCUCGAUUAGGUCAAAAAA